AUGGGUACUGUGGAGACUCGAUCAAAGGAUCCAUCUGGGUGUUCAUCGCCGUCUCCAGAGAAUGACAAGAAUGAGCUCAGGGAAGCUCUGUGUGCUUUAAAAAAUGGGACCUCAGAAAACGGGGUUGGUUUCUCUGGCCAUGGAAACCAAGGUCGGGGUGGUGGGGGUGUUGAAGUGGUGAAGGGCAGGGUCUCUGAGACCAAGGUUUCGGAUGAGAUGGGUUUUGCGGGAAGGGAAAGGGACGAUGGUUGUCAAGGUUUGGCUGAUUCUGAGAUGAAUGGGGUCUCCUCUUUGUUAAAGAUGAGAGAGAGUGGUAGGAAUUUGAUGUUUUCUCAUGGUAGUGAGAGUGAUAGUACUGGGAAGUUGAACACUGACGGUGGUUUUUUUGAGGUUGGAAUGGAAGGAGGAAGAGAUCCGACCAAAGUUGAGAGUGAGGAUGAUCAAAAUGGGAAAACUAUGUCUUUAGAUGUUACAAUUGCUGAUACAAGUGAAAACAAGGAUAUGGAGAUUGAAGAUUUGGGUGAUGAAGGAUGUGGCCGGUUUUCUGUUGGUGAUUUUGUUUGGGGAAAAAUUAAGAGUCAUCCCUGGUGGCCUGGCAGGAUUUAUGACCCUUCUGAUGCUUCUGACUUUGCUUUGAAGCUGAGACAAAAGAAUAGACUACUUGUGGCUUAUUUUGGAGAUGGAACCUUUGCUUGGUGCCAUCCUUCUCAAUUGAAGCAAUUUGAGGAGAACUUUGAGGAUAUGGUGAAACAGAGUAGCUCUCGGGCUUUUGUCAAUGCUGUGCAGGAAGCUGUAAAUGAGGUUGGAAGGAUUUUGGAUUUGAAAAUGAGUUCUUCAUGUGCUGUGAAUAAAACUGAAUUUACUCAGCCACUGGCGGGCAAUUCUGGUGUCAAGGAGAGAAUUCCUAUACCUGAAAAUGGCACAGAUAAACUUUCUGAUGUUCUCAUUGAUCCAGCAGAAGUACUUUCUCGAGUGAAACAAUUAGCUGAAAUUAUUUCCAUUGCUAAUGUUCUGGAGCUGGAAAUACUGAAGGCUAGGCUUUCAGCCUUUUAUCUGUCAAGAGGAGGUUAUAGAUUGCCAAUGUAUGAGGCACCCCAGCCAAUUCCUGGACUUGAAGAUAGUGUAAGGGAUAAAAAUGUAGGCAGCAGUGAGGGUGCAGUGGAAGUACCUGUCCAUGGGCCAUUUGAAGAGGACUACUCUACCAUGCCAGUGAGCCCAAAAUCUGGUGAAUGGAGUCUUUCACAUGGGAUUUCAGGAAAUAGAUUGAAUCAUAGGAUUAAGCAGAAAAGUAUUGCUGAAAUUAUGGGAGAGGACAAAGAUGUCAAUGCCAAGAAUAAGGAGGGAGAUGCAGCUGAUAAAGUGACUGUUAGAAGGAAGAGGAAAGGCAGUGAGGAUACAAUGGUAUCUAAACCUGUGCAGAGGAAAAAAGGGAUAUUCUCAAAUACUGAUAGAAAUAUGGCAGGUGCUGAGCAUGAUGAUUUUAGUUGGGGCAAAGAGAAUACUGACAAUGAAGCAUUGGCGCAGUUGAAAAAAAAGAAGGCAUUUGGUAUUGGAAACACUACCAGUGGGAGCAAAAUGGACACUGAUCAAGAAGAGAAGGCCAAAGGAGAAAAUGAGAAGGGUUCUUUGUCAAGAGAAAGGAAGAAAAGUAAGUACCUGUCCCCUCCUUUCACUAUUCCAACCAGAGACCAGAGAAAAGGAGAGAUAGAAACAGAAUCCCCUAAAGUUUCUGGCAAAGAGCAGGUAUCAGAGCCACUGACCAGAGCUUCUGAUCAACUUCUCAAGUCCCCUGUACCUUGGAAGUUGAAUGGUGAGGCCUUUCAGGAGAAAUUUUCCGAGGAACUUGCCAAAGGAAAGGACCUUCCUGAUAGCUCAAAUUACCAAACAUCAGAAUUUGAUGAGAACAAGACCAUUGAUACAACGAAAAUCCAGGUUCCAUCCGAUGUAGUACUGUCUGAAGUCUGUUAUACAGCUAUUAAUCCACAAACUCCUACGGAUACCAAUUCUCUUGAAAGAAUUGCAAACUUUAUUUUUAUCUUUAGAAACUCAUUAUUUCGCCAAGGAUCCUACUUCAAAAUAUACAAGAAGCAUAAACCUAGCAAGAAGAGAAAGAAGCCAGAAUCUGAUAUCGGGACGCCGGGGAAAGAUCAAAUACAAUCUGAUCAUAUAUCAGCUAAUAAAGACUCGGGACCAAGGAAGAGAAGAAAGAAUGAGACAACUUCAGGUUUGCCUAAAGAAAAGCAGUCUGCUACAGCUAAGGCUGGCAAGAAGGGGACUGAUAAAAAUGCUUCAGGUGCUACCCUUUUUGUCUCGUUUGAGCCAGGAUCCUCUCUGCCUUCUAAAUCAGAUCUUAUCACACUGUGUAGUAAGUUUGGUGCUCUGAAUGAAUCAGAAACGGCUAUGUUCUCUAGUGAUUACACCGCUCAAGUGUUCUUCCUGAAAGCCUCUGAUGCUGAAAAGGCCUUAAGCCAUUCACAGAACAUGAACCCCUUCGGCUCUUCCAAAGCCACUUUCAGACUCCAGUAUCUUUCUUCUGGUUCCAAGUCUGAAAAAUCCAAGUCCAAAGCAUCUUCAACGAAGAAGAAAGUCAAGACUCCAGCCGAGCCAUCUACCUCAUUGUCACCAGGUAGCGAAGCAUCCAAAUUGAACUACAUAAAGCAGAAACUUCAGGGUCUGACAUCAAUGCUAGAAGCAUCGGAUGCUAAAUCAUCUGACAUCAAGGCAAAAUUAGAGAGUGAGAUGAAAGGGCUGUUGGAGGAUGUGAACAAAAUGGUUGAAUCUUCUUCUUAA